UCCUCGUCCGUCGCGUCCGUUUCACGCAACUCGUCCACAUCAACCUCAUCUUCGUCCACCUCGUCACAUCUACAGCUCUUCUCUCUCCCCACGACCGAAUAUGUCCUCCCGCGCAGCGGGAACCAGCACGGCGGCGGCAGCAGCAGCAGCAUCCAGGGCCGGGGGCCGGAAGCCCAACCAGGGCGGAGACCGGGGCGGGGGCAAAGGCCCCAAGGCGGGGCCGCACCAGGACCGCAAAUUCCAGUUCUGUACGCGUUGCGGUGCCUUCGGGCACGUCCGUGCGACGUGCACCCGUUUCGUCCCUCCGGGGACACCUCGUUUCGUCCGCCCCGCCCCCCAACCCAACAACGCCCGGGCCCGGCGAAGCCAGCGGCGGGACGCGGCGGCAUUGGCUCGGGCGCUCGAGGCCGGGGAGCCCGAGCAGAUGAACUGGGAGCGGGAGGUGCCCCGUCGUGGGGAGGAUGCGGCGGCGGAAGAGGAGGUGAAGGAGGAGGAGAAGGAGGAGUAG